AUGUUGGAAGGCUUGGUCGCUAACCUGCUCAACCGGUUUCUGGGUAUAUACGUCAAAAACUUCGACGCCACGCAGCUUAAUAUUGGUAUUUGGUCCGGAGAUGUGAAACUUCGCAACCUCGAGCUACGGCGGGAGGCACUCGAUCAAUUGCGCCUUCCUCUCAAUGUUGUCGAAGGCCAUGUUGGUGAACUUACACUGUCGAUACCCUGGUCGAACCUGCGAGGAAAGCCUGUUAAAGUCGAUAUCGAAGAUGUAUUCUUGCUUGCUGCACCGAAAGAGGAUGUGGAUUACGAUCCAGAGGAAGAGGAAAGGCGCGCCAAUGCAAUCAAGAUGGACAAGAUUGAUAGCGCAGAGAUUCUCAGAGAGCGCAACUCGGAAGGGAUGAGCCAGGAGGAGCAACGUCGCAACCAGAGUUUUACACAGAGUCUCGUCACCGCCGUGAUUGAUAACCUCCAAAUAUCCAUCAAAAAUGUGCACAUCCGUUAUGAGGACUCGCUGGCUUCCCCAGGACACCCUUUCGCUGUUGGGUUUACCCUGAAGGAGUUGAGUGCUGUCAGUACUGACUCCGAUUGGAAACCCACAUUUAUACAGUCAACCUCCGGCACGACGCACAAGUUGGCCAUUUUAGGGGCGCUUUCCGUAUACUGGAACACGGAUGCGGAACUCCUGGGAACAGGUCGGGGUUCCGACGUGGGCGCAGAAGCGCAGGGUAUUCCUCAUGCGGAGCUACUGGAAAGGCUGAGAUCCGGCAUCGAGAAUGAAGAUGGUAAUCAGUUUAUUCUACGCCCCGUCAGUGGACGUGCGGGCUUGGAGAUGGAUAAGACCGGAAAGCAUGAACGACCAGCGGUAAAUGCACGACUCCUCUUUGAUGAGAUUGGGUUCGUUUUGGAUGACGAGCAGUAUCGAGAUGGUUUGAUGCUUGUUGACCUCUUCCAUUGUUUCAUCCGCCAACAAGAGUAUAAGAAACUUCAACCGAAAUCCCGACCGAAGGAAGACCCUAGGGCCUGGUUCAGGUAUGCUGGGGAAGCAGUACUAAGCAAGAUCCACGACCGAAACAGGCGAUGGACUUGGGACUACGUGAAAGAGCGUAGAGACGACCGGAUUGCAUAUAUUGAUCUUUUCAAAAAGAAGAAACGCGAAGAAACACUGCCACCGGAGGACAUGGAAGAGUUCAACCGACUGGAAAGAAAGCUAAGUUACGAAGAUAUCCGAUUCUGGCGUUCACUUGCGAGAAACCAACUACGAAAAGAGAAUGUAGGCGUGAAGCCUGCUCGACAGCAAACUUGGUCAGAGUGGAUAUGGGGCGCUAAGAAAGAGGAUGACGCGGAGGUAGCCAUGACUGAAGAACAACGGCAAGAGUUAUAUAGCGCCAUCGACUGGGAUGAAAAGAAAACAAUCACAGAAAGCGUCGACGUACCCAGAGAAUGGGUUAAGCUUCAAGUUAACGCUGGGCUUAAAGCUGGAAGUUUGGCUUUAGUACGCAGUCCUCAUGGAGCUGGAAAUGAAGUCAUGAAGUUUGUGUUUGACAACUUCCGUGCCAAAGCAAUGCAGCGUCCAGAUUCUUUUUUUGUGGACCUUGACCUUGGAGGUUUGAGAGUUUACGAUGGGACAACUGAGGGUAGCUUAUACCCGCAGAUUGUCAAAGUCAAGGACUCACUGCCAGAACCAAAGAACCGCCUGUCACGGAUAUCUAGCAGCGGGGAAUUCGACAAGGAGGAGGGAGCUGAAGAUAUAGAAGAUGAGGAUAGCUUGUUCCAUCUACAACUUGAAAAGAAUCCUCUCGAGAGCGAUGCCGACUCGGUUGUUAAGGUUAAGCUGAAGAGUAUCGAGGUCAUAUACAACCCUAAAUUUAUCGUGGAAAUCGCGAGGUUCUUCAAGCCACCUGACCGACACAUGGAAUCCAUAGGUGCUAUCCUUGACUCUGCCGGUGCCACAGUGGCAGGGAUCCGGCAGCAAACCCGAGCAGGCUUGGAGUUUGCUUUGCAGGAGCACAAGAAGGUUGAUGCGCAGUUCGAUAUUCAUGCGCCUUUAAUUAUUGUACCGGAAAGCAUCACUCACGAAAGCUCGCUGUGCUUGAUUCUCGACGCUGGUCACGCUAGCGUCAAUAGUGAGCUGGUCGACAGGCAGACUAUGAGAGACAUUCAGGCAAAGCAAAAGCGACAAUAUGACACUGGCGAUUAUAAAGAGCUGGAGCAUCUGCUUUAUGAUAGGUUCCUGAUAAAGCUAGACUCUACCCAGGUCGUCAUAGGUCCUGGAAUCGAAGCCACGAAGUCUCAGCUUGGUCCCAAUGUUGAGUCGAAGAAUUUACAUAUAAUCGACCGCAUCAAUGUCGAUUUUGUCUUGGAAAUGUGCAUUGUUCCAAAACUCACAGAGCUUACUCGAACGCGCAUAUCAGGUCAUCUUCCUGAGCUCCACGCGUCAAUGUCGGACACGAAAUACAAAGGUUUAAUGAAGCUUAUUGAUAUCGCCAUUCCACGAUUCGACGAUGAAGCGCAGCAGACAAAACCCACCAAUGAUACACAAGAAACGGUGAUGGGGAGCAAUCGUGCUCGGUCAUCUUCCUUCAAUCCUAUAGGCUUGAGAGAGCUUCCCGUUGUUGACGACGAAUCGGACGCCGAAGACAACGGUGAAAUGAGUAAAAGUGUGGACAAGAUGCCUGACAUUCAUCGCCGAGAUUUCGAGUUCAAAUUUACCGUCGGCCGCCUCCGUGGUUCCUUGUUCCGCUCCGAUUCAACCGAUCCGCUACGCGAACAGCUGUUGGCUGAACUGGUUGCUGAAGGAUUUGCGCUAGACUUCUACAUGCGGCCCUUUGACAUGGUGGCUGAAGUGAUUCUGAAGUCUCUCAGUGUGGACGACUAUAUAGAGGAAAACCCGGUCCCAGAAUUUAAGAAGAUUAUCUCAUCGACGGGCUUCGAUGCAGAUGACAACAAGGACCUUUUCUAUCUCAAGUUUGUCAAAGUGAAGCCCGAAUCUCCCGAAUUUCACUCGACGUAUGAAGGCGUGGCGAUGAAUCUCGAUAUCUCUGUCUCCACCAUCAACCUUGUCGUUACUAGAAAAACGCUCCUUACGCUACUUGACUUUAUCCUUCUAACAUUUACGAAUCCGCAACAACCCGACAGUCAAGACACCCAGACACAACAAGCCAUUGAGGAUACCAUUGCUGCCGGACAGGAACCACAGCAAGCAGGAAAGAUCCGCAUCAAGGCGGACAUGAAGAGUAUAGCAUUGAUCCUAAACAAUGACGGGGUUAGACUUGCCACACUUAGUCUUAAUACAGCCGAUGUGGGGAUUUUCCUUGUUGGCAGGUCCAUGCUCAUACAGUCUCGUAUUGGGAGCUUGACCUUGAUAGAUGAUGUCAAUACUGGUGCGCGAGAAAGCUCAGAUCUACGAAGGCUCCUUACGAUCGAGGGCGACAAUUUUGCCGACUUCAAAUAUGAGACGUUCGAUCCCGAGGGCCCGAAUUAUCCAGGAUAUGACUCGGAGGUCUUCCUAAGAUCGGGCUCGAUUAAGAUCAAUUUCCUCGAAGAACCAUAUCGGAAGAUCAUCAACUUCUUGGUCAAAUUUGGCAAGAUGCAGGCUAUUUUCAACGCUGCCCGACGAGCCGCAGCCAACCAAGCUAAUCAGCUUCAGGAGAAUGCAUCUAGGAUGCGCUUCGAUAUUGUGGUUAUGACGCCGAUUCUGGUGUUCCCAGGGGCUAUGGGUGAGGACCGUCCUUAUGAUACCGUGACGGCUCAUCUUGGUGAGAUAUACGCCAAAAACACUUUCGUCCCUCUUGAAGAGGAUGCAGGCAGUCCCGCGGUGAAUGUGAUAUCCUCUGGAAUUCGCAAUAUUCGCCUGACUUCCAAGUUCCAUUAUGCGGGUGACGCAGUGGAAGAGCUUGAGAUGAUCCAAAAGGUCAACCUUGACUUUAGCAUAUGCUAUCUUGAGCAUCAACCGGACAACCCGCGCCCUGACAUGGAAAUUGAAGGAACAAUGUCCCCUAUUAACCUUAGGGUCUCACAGAAGCAACUUAAAUUCCUUCUUGAUAUCUCCAAGACAGCACCGAAUGCCUUUGUGACCGAUUCUGAGCAGCAGGAGUUAGAGGCAAUGGAAGCACUUCCAUCUCUCACCGAGACUGGAAGAGAAGCACAAUCUAAUGCCAUCCAAAGCACAGGCCAGCAAGACGUAACACCUGCGGAUUCCGACGGUAAACAGGAUACGUGGGUGCGACUAGACAUGAUCUUCAAGGCUGAUAGCGUUGGUCUCGAGCUUAUUCUUGGAAAAGAUGACGCGCCUAUUGGCAGCCUCGAUGAUUCUAGUCUGUCCAAGUUCUCGCUCAAUGACACGCGAGUCAAAUUAAGGAUGCUAACAGACGGCUCAUUGGAGUCGGAGCUUUUGAUCCAUUCGUUUUCUAUCCGUGAUAGUCGGAAACAGGAAACGAACAAGUUCAGAAAGAUCAUGUCGCUGAUCAACAAUGACGUGAAGCAGCAAUUUAUGGCCAGCGUCUCUAUAUCACCAGGCCCUGACAAGCACCUCAUCGCCAUGUUGACUAUCGACAGUCCGCGAAUUAUAUUGGCGCUAGACUACCUGUCUGCCCUUCAAUAUUUUGCGAACUCAGUCUUCGCAGCAAAAGAGCCAGAGGAGGAAGAAGUCGAAGAAUCCCCUGAAGAAGACGAGCCCAGAUCUAGCAUGGCAGAGAGUACGAACGGAUCCUUACUUUCUCCGUCGCCAGAAGAAGAGUCGACACCAGCUGCAACAGGUCAGAUGACUGUAUCAUUCAGAGUGAGCCUAGUCGACGCUCAAAUUAUUACUAUCGCCAAUCCAGCUAUCCCACAUACUGAGGCGAUAGUCCUUGGCGCGAAGGAGGUCCUUUUCUCGCAACAGAAUGUUUCAACCUUGCAUGUAGAUAAAGUGGGCAUGUUCCUUUGCCGCAUGGACAAGUUUGAGACGAGCAGACUUCGGAUUCUGGACGAUUUCACCCUUGAAUUGUCGAUGGACAGCCGCCCACAGGACAGAGGCGCGUCGUUAACUUCUAUUGAUAUCCACGUUGAACCUCUUGUCCUACGCCUUUCGCUUCGCGAUAUCUUGAUGGCGAUACAGAUUGUCAACAAGGCCUCUGAAAUGCGGUCUGAAAGAGAUCUUCCUGCCGAAACAGGUGAAGUUAAGGCAAUAUCAGACAAUAGAGGCGCAUCAAGCUCGAAGUCGAGAAGGAAGUCAUCGGUCGGUAAACAAACGUCGACAGCACCUGCAAAGAAAUCUCACCGACAGCCCAGCGGUGCCGUGGAUACUAUUGACCGCAAACCCGUACACCAGCGCUCCGUGAUCCUAAAACGAGAGGAGCUUAAGGCUCAGAUCGACGGUGUAAGGGUUAUCCUCAUCGGUGAUCUUCACGAUCUACCUCUGCUGGAUUGGAGUGUCAAGAAGUUCAACGUCGAUGCUCGCGACUGGUCGUCUACUCUCACAGCGGAUACUAGUUUCGACACAUUCCUCAACGUGUACAACUUCUCCAAGUCGGCCUGGGAACCCCUAAUAGAGCCCUGGCAACUGGGCUUCCAUAUGGCGAAGGAAGUCCAUCCAGAGGUCUUCUCUGUUGACGUCUACUCCCACAAGACGAUGGAGCUUACAGUUACAUCUGCUACAAUAGACCUGGCCUCCAAGUCGUUCAAGUUUUUCUCUACCGAUGAAGACGUACUCUCAAAACCAAGAGGAGCCGAUGCACCUUAUCGAAUCCGCAACCAUACUGGUUUUGACCUCCAUGUCUGGGCCGAUGUUGCUGAAGGAGAAGAAGGACCGGCUGCUAAGCUGGCUGACGGUGAAGAAUAUCCUUGGCGGUUCGAAGACUCGACGUCUAUGCGUGAGACACUCGCGCCCGAAGGUCAAGCCGGCCUUGUCGGUGUCAAACUGGAGGGUAGUGGUUUUGAUAGCGUAACUCGCAUUCCCGUUGUCCGCGAAGGGGAGAUGUUGUACAACCUGAAGCCUAAAAAGGACGCCGUACUUCACCGGCUCCUAGUCGAGGUAAAUUUGGGCCCAGACAACGUGAAAUACAUCACAAUCCGCUCGCCACUUCUUGUUGAGAACAACACACAAAUACCCGUCGAACUCGGUGUCUUCAACCCGCAGGAUGGCCAUCUCCUUAAGAUUGAGAAGAUUCUUCCUGGGGACGCCCGGCCCGCACCUGUGGGGGCCGCAUUUAUGCAUUCCAUAGUCAUACGACCUGAUCAAGGCUUCGGGUACGAUUGGUCCCAUGAUCAAUUGUAUUGGAAAGACCUUAUGCGUCGCCCAACUCGCACUAUCAAAUGCUUGAGUGAAAGUGGACAGCAAGCUCCCCCAUUUUACUUCCAGACCAACGCUACCUUCAAUGCAAGAGACCCGCUUACGAAGGUUUAUCCAUACAUGCGGAUUCGGAUUUUUGCGCCCGUAGAGAUUCAAAAUCUUCUACCCUACGACUUCAAAUACCGCAUAUAUGACAAGAACACCAGGAAGGACUGGACGAAUUUCUUACGCAAAGGUGGUGUUAGCCCGGUCCAUGUCGUUGAAUUGGCCCACCUACUGCUGCUCAGCGUCGACCUCGAGGACACGGUAUUCAAACAAAGUGACUUUUCUAUUAUCAAUGGAAACGCACAAGAUUUCAGGAGGGAACAUACCCUAUCUUUGAAGGAUGCCCGAGGCCUUCAGUUGAAACUGAAACUGCAUUUCUUCAAUGUACCUGACAGUGGAGGCGCAUUCAGGGUGUCGGUGUACAGUCCGUACCUCAUUCUGAAUAGGACAGGGCUUACAAUGGAGGUCCAGAGCAAGGCCUUCCUGCAAUCAGCCCGUUCGGCAGCGGGACAGGGUCUAAUGGCUGAAGCUGACUCGACACAAAGAGGACGCGCUCUUCCGUAUAUGUACUCAUAUCCGACAGAGGAUCAGAAAAACCGGUCGAUGUUAAGGAUAGGCGAAUCUUCUUGGAGCAAGCCGCAGAGUUUCGAGGCGAUUGGAAGCACCUUUGAAGUUAUCCUUCCUGAUAGAGAUGGCAGAUCGGAGUAUCACUCAGGAGUGUCGGUCUCUGAAGGUGAAGGCAAAUACAAGUUGACCAAGAUUGUCACAAUCGCGCCUCGUUUCGUGUUGAAAAAUAAACUCGAGGAGGACAUCCUGGUCAGGGAACCAGGCUCCUCGAAUGUCACGAAUAUCAAGGGGGGCAACCUGGUACCACUUCAUUUCCUACGCCAGGCUGGUGAGAAACAGCUUUGCCUCUGUUUCCCUGGUGUGAACAACCAAUGGUCUUCUCCGUUCAAUAUCGCAGAUAUUGGAACGGUACAUGUCAAACUGGCUAGACAAAACCAACGACAACGGCUGAUUAAGAUUGAUGUUAUCAUGGAAAAUGCCACCCUAUUUGUUCACCUCAGCCUAGAGCCCCGGAACUGGCCUUUCUCGAUGCGCAAUGAGAGUGAUGUGGAUUUCAUGUUUUAUCAGGCAAAUCCAAACCUAGAAGACGACGAGGAAGACCGCUCGAAUACCUGGCGACCGAUCCGCUACCGUCUACCCCCUCGCAGCAUCAUGCCUUAUGCUUGGGAUUAUCCUGCGACGAAGAACAAAUCUCUCGUGUUGGCGUGCAAGAGUAAAGAGAGACGAAUCAGGCUGGCCGAGAUCGGAAAUUUGAUUCCCAUGAGAAUUCCUCCAACCCAGCCCGGGGAGCAUCAAAGGGUCAUUGACAUCAACAUUGUCGCCGAUGGCCCUACACAGACUCUGGUUUUGUCGAACUUCAAGGCGUCGAAGAGUAUGUACCGACAGCAAAAAUCACAGACCUCGCAAUCAAGCCUCAGCACUGGGUUUGAAGUGAAGGAAUUCGACUCGGAUGUCAACUUCAAAGCACAGCUUCAUCUCGGAGGUAUUGGCGUCUCUUUGAUUAACCAGAAGAUGAAGGAGUUGCUCUAUAUGACAUUCCGCGAUAUUGAGGUUAAAUUCAAGGAGUCCAAGGCGUACCAGACCCUAAACACCACCAUAAAAUGGAUCCAGAUCGACAAUCAACUUUAUGGUGGAAUCUUCCCGAUGCUAUUGUAUCCCAGUGUUGUGCCAAAGACCGGCAAGGAAAUGGAGGCCCAUCCUAUUUUCCAUACUAUGAUAACCCGCGUUAAGGAUGACUCGUACGGUGUACUUUACAUAAAGUAUGCCACAUUGCUCCUCCAGCAGAUGACGCUUGAACUCGACGAGGACUUUAUCUUUGCUAUGCUCGAUUUCACGAAGGCGUCUGGGGCCGCUUGGUCCGAGAAGCAUGACGACAAGCUCUGCGAGGAAGAGCUGAACAUCCCGGAACCGCAGAAUGAAGCUGCUGCCCAAGAUGUAUACUUUGAAUUCUUGCAUCUGCAACCGAUGCAACUCGAUAUCUCGUUGAUGCGUACCGAACGUGUAAACGUGGAGGACACUCUGCAGCCGUCCAAUCCGUUGAUGUUUGUCGUCGAUGUUAUGACGAUGUCAAUGGGCAAUGUUAACGAUGCGCCUAUUAAAUUGAAUGCUCUAAUGAUCGAGAAUGCCCGUGUUUCUUUCCCUGUCCUUGCCAGCAACAUUCAGAGACACUACACCCAGGAAUUCAUUCGCCAGAUCCAUGUUGUCCUCGGAUCUGCGGACUUCCUGGGAAAUCCUGUGGGUUUGUUCAACAAUGUUAGCUCUGGCGUGGCCGCGAUCUUUUAUGAGCCCUACCAAGGUUUCGUUAUGACUGACCGACCCCAAGAUCUUGGCUACGGCAUUGCUAAAGGAUUUGGGAGUUUCGCAAAGAAUACCGUCUUCGGGUUUUCGGAUAGUAUAUCGAAGCUCACAGGUAGCAUGUCAAAGGGACUGGCAGCUGCAACUCUCGACAAGGAAUUCCAGGACCAGCGACGCAUGUCGAAGACCCGUAAUCGGCCGAAGCACGCUUUGUACGGCAUUACGGCUGGUGGCAGAGCGUUUGGAAACAGCAUUGUAAGUGGCAUCGAGGGUAUUGCCCGCCAUCCACUUCAAGGCGCCGAGACAGAAGGAAUCCAAGGAUUUUUCAAGGGAGUAGGAAAGGGUUUCCUCGGAUUGGCUACUAAGCCAGCUAUUGGCGCGUUUGAUCUUGCUUCAAAUCUUGCCGAGGGUGUACGAAACACAACAACCGUAUUUGAUCAAGAGGGUCUUGACCGUGUCCGCCUAACUCGCUUCGUUGGUAUGGAUGGUAUUGUUCGACCAUACUCUCAGCGGGAAGCCCUCGGCCAGCUUUGGCUCAAGACAGCCGACGACGGAAAGUACUUCACCGAGGACUACAUCGCCCAUCUUGAGCUUCCGGGACGCGACAUGCUUAUUAUGUUGACGUAUGAUCGGAUAAUGCUUGUGCGCAGCAAGAAGCUUGAGACCUCCUGGGACAUCCGGUUGACGGACAUACAAACAAUCUCUAAAGAGCGCACUGGUAUGAGCAUCAUGCUCAAGGGUGGCGCUAACGGACCAUUUAUCCCUGUGCAAGACGAAAGUGCAAGAAACUGGUUGUAUAGGCAGAUCGCGAUUGCUGUCAAUGCAUUCAACGAGAAAUACAACAACAGGGUAUGA